AUGAGUGGAAAUGACUCACUGAGUCAUCCGCAAAAUCAAUAUUUUCAAAAAAUCAUCGAUACUUAUACUGGUAUCGAAAUCAAUAAAAGGUACAAUAAUAGAAAUAAUGAAGGAAAUAGUUUAACAAUUGAUGAAACAAAAGAUGAUUUUGAAAACUAUAAAUUAAUAUUAAACACUUUCAUGCUUCCUUUCGUGGAGUUUGAAUUGAAGAUGAACCAAUUUGAUGAUGGUAAAAAUAAUAAUUUAUUUAAAAAAAAUAAUGGAAAAGAUCCCGUGAUCUUUCACGUGGAUCCAAAUGAAACGAGCAGAAAUUUUAUUAUACAAACAAUUCAGAAAUUUGGUGGUGUUUGCUCCACAACAUUUAGCAACAAUUAUAUCAACUUAUCAUCAUCUAAAGUUAAUUGGAUUCAUCCAAUUCAUAUCUUUUUAAGCAUUAAUGAAAAUAAAGUUCUUCAUUUAGAAGUGGCCAAAAUCUAUAAACUUAAUUAUUAUUUUGAACUAAAUGUGAAAGUUAUCAUCAACUACAAGUAUUGGUUAUCAAAAAGCAAAAUGUAUGGCGAUGUAGCCUUAAAAGAAGAUGAUGAUGAAGUAAAUGAAGUUUUAAAUCGAGAAUGCACAAAUAACUUUUUAGUCAUGGAAAAUUUAGAAUUUAUUGAUUUAAUUCGUAAAAGAAAUCCUAUAUUACAAAAAUUCAGAUUGGAUCAAAUACAGAGACAAAUUUCUGGUCAUACAAUAGGAAAUUUGAUGAAAAACAAAAAUUUAGACAAAAAUACAAAUGAAUCAAACCUUCAACAACUCACACAUAAAGGGUUGGCCUACAAUUAUCACGAACACUAUCUUUUAGCUACAUUAGCCCACAUUUACUUGGUUUUCCAUAGCAAUGUACAAUUAAUGUCAGAGCAGGUGUUAUUAAAUGAGUUUACAAAAACUUCAAGUGUUGCCAUUUUUUUCGUAAGAUUGUUACCUAAUAGAAGGGAAUUGAAUGGUAUUCGUUUGAAAAUUGUUUCCGCUUUUAAUAUUAUCGAAACAACAAGAAAUUAUAUUAAAGCUAUAGAAUCAUCAAGAGACGAAGUUCAGAUGCUAAAACUCAAUGAAAUAUACAGCAGAAGCUUUGAUAAAAUGGACCAGACAGCCUCAUUUGAACAAAUUAAACCUACCAUUCAAUUAAGUUACAAUAAUAUGCUAAAAUUGGUGGAUUUUUUUGCAAAUAAAUCUUUGGAAGAAGCUUAUAGAGAUUUAGCAAAUGAAAUUGGUGUAUCUAGAGAUGAUCUUAAACUAUUAAAGGCGGAGUUUGAUGCUUCUAUUUCUCCAUCACUAGGAGAACGUCAGAUUAAAAACUACAGGUAUGAUCGGUCUGGUAUCAAAUUUUUUUUAUUGGGUAAAUUGAUAGAAAAAGAAAUUUCUGACCUAGGAUUUAACAAGGAAAAAGCAAAUGAUAUCACAUUGUCUAAAACUUUUUUCCAGAUGGCUGUAGCAUUAUUGGAAGGUCAUCGUGAAAAGCCUGUGUCUUGGAAUUCGUACAGACAGCAUGUGGGCCAUAACGGAUUACCAAAAUUUCUUGAAUUCAUUGAUGUUUUCGCAGCCCAUGCUGAUGAACAAAAAAUUAUAUCAUUUUUAGAGUUCAAAGAUAAUGAUCAAGAUAUUUUCAGUCAAGAUCAAUUCUUCAAAUUAAAAUAUACAUGCUUGCUCAUAAUUUUUAAACUUUCAAAUUUUAACAGAAGUGAUGUGUUUAAAGAGUUCUCCAAAAUCUGGAAUAUUAGAGAAGAAAAAGUAUCUAUAAGAUUUCAUUCGUUUCUUGCAGAAUUUCUCAUAAAUGGUAGAGUUAACAGUGAUCGUCAAAAAGAUUUGGAAAACUACUUGGUAUUCAAUAGAACCAAUGGUAGCCUUGUUACAAAAAUCUUAGCGGUAUUUCCAGGAACAGGAAACAAUUUCGAUUUUGAAAAUUAUGAACCUGUUGUUUCCGAUGCAAUGAUUUAUCACCACGUUGAAGUUAGAACUAGAGUAUCAGCUGAGGUAGAUCCAGAUCAAGUUGUUAGUCGAAGAACAAAAUCCAAAAGAAAAUGA